AAGAGCAACAAACGAUAUUGAGGAUAGAAGUAGAACGCAUCGUUGCACUACAAGAUCACCACAAGCAUUAGUGCAAACAGACUGACAGUGACUAUUCUGUUUUGUGACAAUAGUGGUUGACGUGUGCUCUGACACAAUUGAUCACAAUGAGUUAUUACGGAACUGAUCCCGAUGGACAAAUAAUGCAGGUGUGCCCAUAUGAUCCUGUGCACAGGGUCUCGGCAGCAAAGUUCCCAUACCACCUGAUAAAGUGCAGAAAGAACCAUGUAGGUAAAGAACUUUGGGCUUGCCCCUUCAACGCGAGGCAUGUUGUCCCAUCGGUAGAUCAAAGGCUGCACCUGCUCACCUGCCCUGACAAGGGAGCACUUGAACGCGACAUUGCUUUUCAAGAAGAAAAGAAAAAUGAGCAGAGCCGUUUUUAUAGAGGUGACACGUCCUUGCCAGCACCCAUCGCAGCCAACUCCAUCGUGGACACCGAGGAGAACUGGGAUCUCGAGACGCCAGUCCUACCCCCCAUCCAUAGUGUUAACCCUGCAUUAGCCAAUAAUGCACAAGCCAUGGAGUUGUAUCGGGACACAGCGAGGAAUAAGGUGCACGUGACUGAUACAGCGGGGUGGGCCCCAUUACAGAAGCGAAAUCAUCGAAAACGAUUGUUGAAGGCGGCUGAGCGAACGACUCUGGGUUUGCCAUUGGAACCACAACCAGGUGAUUCAGAUUAUGAAGAAGAAACGGAGACUCAACAACAGCUGCAGAAAAAGUACGAACAACAGCAGCAGCAGCAGCAGCAACAACAACAACAACAACAACAACAAAGACAACUGGAACAAUCCAAGCAACAACAUCAAGAGGAAGAUCAACCUCUGAGAACACCUAAAACCAUCUCAUUGGCAGAGCAACAACAGAAGAAACAGCUGGAACAGAAACAGCAGCAGCAGCUGAAAGCAACAAAAAGUGGUUUGCCUAACAAAUCACGUAUGGCUGCGAACAUCUUUGGUCUACAACAGACCGGCGGCGCCUCUGCAUUGCCUGAGCAGAAGGUCAACGAAGUGAUGUCAGGCAUGAGCGGAGUUGCCCAGCAGCAGAAUCUCGAGGUUCUCAGUCAGAUGUCUAUUGGCAGGGGGCGUGGACACAUGGCGCCACCACCAGGUUUUGGCCGUGCCGGUAUUACUCCAGGAGUGCUGAUGGCUCUCCAAAACGGUCCACAGAGUGCCAAACGACCUCAGGCUGCAUUUGGCACAGUUGCAGUACCACCCCUGCAAGCCGGCCAGGUGGCUGAUGUACCAGAGAUGGAGAAAGCGACCGGGGAAGAGCUAAACACAGCAAUAAUGCUGGAGAAAGAAUGAAUGCAGAAACUUGGCUUAUCCAAAGGAUUUUACAUUGAAAUUAGACGCCCUGACUGCUGUGGCCACAACAUAAUUCAGUGCUAAAAUAGAAAACGUGCAGUGAUACAAUUAUUCCUUGUUGGAAAUAAAAGAAUUUCCCAGUACGUAUGUACGUACUUUAAUGUACGUGAAUUAUGUUACAUUUAGGUAUGUGGUUGAAUCGGAGGUGGUGUGAGGGAAUUAAAAUAAAAUGAGUAAACAAUGUU